AUGGCGGCACACGUCGCCGUGGCGGCGGCCCGGGCCGUGCGCUGGGCCUUGAGGGCCGCCGCGGCGGGGCCGCUCCUGCCGGGCCCAGCCCGUCUCCUGGAGAGCUGCGCCCCGCGGGCCACCGCGCUCCCCGCCCGCUGGAGCGGGAGCAGCUCUGCGCUGGGCAGCAUCCUGGGCAUCCCCGCCGAGAAGCCGAGCGACGCCCUGGGCCAGCACCCGCCGCCCGUUGCCACCAGCAAAGAGGAACAAGACCGCCUGUUACAGGAUCGGCCUGACCAGCCGCAGAACCCCAAGGUUUUACGAAUUGCCAUCAUCGGCGCGCCCAACGCUGGGAAGUCCACGCUCUCUAAUCAGCUCUUGGGCAGAAAGGUUUUCCCCGUCUCUAAGAAAGUGCACACAACCCGCUGCAAAGCCCGGGGUGUCGUCACGUACGAGGACACACAACUGAUCAUUCUGGACACACCUGGCCUCACGAGUCCCUUGAAAGCCAAAAGACAUAAAUUAGAUGAAGCCAUGCUGACAGACCCAUGGGACAGCAUGAAACAUGCGGAUUUAGUUCUGGUUUUGGUGGACGUGUCGGAUCACUGGAUGCGAAACUGUCUGAGCAAGGAGGUGCUGAAGUGUCUUUCUCAGUUUCCCCAGAUCCCCAGUGUCCUGGUUCUGAACAAGGUGGAUCUGCUAAAGAAGAAGUUUAUCCUGCUGGAACUAGUAGCUGAGCUAACAGAGGGAAUUGUAAACGGAAAGAAAUUAGAAGUGAAAUCUGCAUUUAAACAUAAUUCCAGUUCUUCGGCAAUGUCUCCUCUUCAAAUCACUUGGGCUUCUCCAUCUGAAAACAGGGCCCGUGAGUCUCACUGUCUGCAGGAAACAGAUCAAGCCCAGGAAGGCUCUAGCUUGGGCAACAGCGGUGAUGAUAUGAGGGCUUCCGAGUCCAGUCUUGUCACAGAAGAAGCACAAGGGCCAAAGUGCUCUGGACCCCGAGAUCUGAAAAAUAUGAAAGGCUGGCCGUGCUUCCAGGAGAUCUUCAUGCUGGCAGCUCGCCGUGGGGAGGAGGUGGAUACGCUCAAGCGGUACCUCCUGAUGCAAGCCAAGCCAGGCCCUUGGGAGUUUCACAGUGGGGUCUUGACCAGCCAGUCACCUCAAGAGAUCUGUGAUAAUAUCAUCAGGGAGAAGAUACUGGAGUACCUGCCACUGGAAGUGCCUUACGGCGUGAUUCAGGUGACGGAGAUGUGGGAGGAAGGACAGAGUGGGGAGCUCCUCAUCGUGCAGAGCCUCUUGGUCCCAAGGAAGUCUCAUAUGACGAUGUUGAUUGGAAGAGGAGGUAAGGUUAUCAGCAGGAUUGCUCAGGAAGCUGGCCAGGACCUGAUGAACGUUUUCCUGUGCGAUGUCCGCUUGAAGCUCAAGGUGGAGAUGAAGAGUUGAGCUCUUUGCGUAUGUUUUAACAGCCCUUGAGCUCUCUGGUCAUGCGGAGAAACCGGUCCCGUUUUCCCCUGCGGGUAUCUUGGCACCUUUGUUCAAUCCAGAAACAGAGGAUGAUGGAAUCAAUGCAGCAGGCUGAAGCAGAAUAUAUUAUUCUUUGGGGGAAUGGCCCAAACUGAAAUAAAAUCUUCAGACCUUC